AUGGCCGGUAAGAGUAAGAAGAAGUCCAAGAACAAUAAAAACAAUAACAAUCGCCCUCCCGUCGGCUCUGCACCACCCCCUGAACCCGAGAAGAAAGACCUCGUCGACUCUGCCCCGGACCCGGCGGCGGCCGCUGUUGAGGAUGUCUUACAAGACAACAAAGAGCCCACCGCCGAACCGGAGAAGGACCCUGCCUCUGAAGAUCCCCCUGCCGAGCCAAGUGGCGAUGACAAUCCAGUCGCUGAGCCUACAGAUUCCGCAGAAGCUACCCCAGAAGCCAAAGAAGAAGGCAAAGAUGAGCCAGCGCCAGACGCAGAGAAGCCCGACGAUGCUUCCAAGGAGUCUGUCGUAGAAGACGCGAAGCCCGCAGAGGAUGCGAAACCUGAUGACGGCGCAGCGCCCGAAGGCGAAGCAAAAUCCGAAGAGGAAGCAAAGUCCGACGAGGAAGCAAAGCCCGACGAGGAAGCAAAGCCUGACGAGGAAGCAAAGCCUGAAGAGGAAGUAAAGCCUGAGGAGGAAGCAAAGCCUGAGGAGGAAGCAAAGUCUGAGGAAGCAAGGCCUGAAGAGGACGCAAAGCCUGAGGAGGAAGCAAAGUCUGAGGAAGCAAAGCCUGAAGAGGAUGCAAAGCCUGAGGAAUCAAAGCCUGAGGAGGACGCAAAGCCCGAAGACGACUCCAAGCCUGACGAUGAAUCUAAACCCGAAGGAGGCGCAGCAUCCGAUGACAGUGCGAAACCUGAAGACGAAUCAAAGCCUAAAGAAGAUGCAAACCCCGAAGAUGCAAAAGAUCCUCCAGCAGGCGGAGACACGAAAAAAGAAGGCGAUAACGGCAACAAUGAUGAUGAUUUUCCAGAUUUUGAUCUAGAUGUAGAUCCCGAGGCCGUAGCAGCCGAGAAAGAGGCUGCUGCUAAAGCGGCCGCCGAAGACGCGCUAGAGAAUGCGGAAGAUGCGCCAAAGGCCGAGGAGACACCUGCAGAGCCAGAGCCAGUGGUGGAGGAAAAGCUAACGGGCAAGGCUAAGAAAAAGAAGAACAAAAAGGGCAAGGCCGGAAAAGCAGCCGAUGCAGCACCAGAGCUAGCGCCAACACCAGAGCCGGCGGCAGAGCCAACACCAGAACCAGCGUCAGAGCCAGCGCCAGCUCCAGAGCCUGAAACUGAGCCUGAAAAGCCCGCGGAUAAUCCUCCUGAAUCUCCAGCCCCGGAAGAGCCAGCAGCACCCGAACAGCCCGCAGAGGAGCCCGAGGCAGAGGAAAAGUUGACAGCUAAGGCUAAGAAGAAGAAGGACAAGAAGAAGAAGGCCAAGGCAGCCGCCGAAGUAUCGCAGGAGCCUGAAGUAACACCCGAACCACCAGAGGCACCAGUAGCAGAACCUGAACCUGCUCCACCUACAGCAGCUGAAGAAGAAAAGGCCCCCGAAGAACCUGUCAAGGAACCAGAGCCGGAAGCUACGCCAGCUGAGGAAACACAAGCUGCCGAACCCGAAGCUGCUGUGGAGGACAAGGCGGAAGCUGUAGAGACUGAACCCGAACCAGUCAAAGAAGCCCCGGUGGAAGCUGAAGUUCCCGCCGAGGUGGUAACCGAGGAACCCGCUGCCAAGGAAGCACCUGAAGAGACACCAGCAGAGAGUCCUGAAGAAGCGGCAGCUCCUGUUGAGCCUGAAGCUCCUGCUGAACCUGAACCUGCUGCUGAGCCUACUCCAGAGCCCGUGGUUGAAGCUCCUGCUGAACCUGAACCUGCUGCUGAGCCUACUCCCGAGCCCGUGGCUGAACCUGCUGCUGAGCCUACUCCCGAGCCUGUGACUGAACCUGCUGCUGAGCCUGAACCUGCUGCUGAGCCUGAACCUGCUGCUGAGCCUGAACCUGCUGCCGAGCCUGAACCUGCUGCCGAGCCUGAACCUGCUGCUGAGCCUACUCCAGAGCCCGUGGUUGAAGCUCCUGCUGAACCUGAACCUGCUGCUGAGUCUACUCCCGAGCCCGUGGCUGAACCUGCUGCUGAGCCUACUCCAGAGCCCGUGGUUGAGGCUCCUGCUGAGCCUGAAUCUGCUGCUGAGCCUACUCCCGAGCCCGUGGCUGAACCUGCUGCUGAGCCUACUCCCGAGCCUGUGACUGAACCUGCUGCCGAGCCUGAACCUGCUGCCGAGCCUGAACCUGCUGCUGAGCCUACUCCAGAGCCCGUGGUUGAAGCUCCUGCUGAACCUGAACCUGCUGCUGAGUCUACUCCCGAGCCUGUGACUGAACCUGCUGCCGAGCCUGAACCUGCUACUGAGCCUACUCCCGAGCCCGUGGCUGAGCCUACUCCAGAGCCCGUGGCUGAACCUGCUGCUGAGCCCGUGGUUGAAGCUCCUGCUGAGCCUGAACCUGCUGCAGAACCUGAAGCUCCUGCCGAGUUUGAACCUGCUGCUGAGUCUACUCCCGAGCCCGUGGCUGAGCCUACUCCAGAGCCCGUGGCUGAACCUGCUGCUGAGCCCGUGGUUGAAGCUCCUGCUGAGCCUGAACCUGCUGCAGAACCUGAAGCUCCUGCCGAGCCUGAACAUGCUGCUGAGCCUACUCCCGAGCCCGUGGCUGAACCUGCUGCUGAGCCCGUGGCUGAAGCUCCUGCCGAGCCUGAACCUGCUGCUGAGCCCGUGGCUGAAGCUCCUGUCGAGCCUGAACCUGCUGCUGAGCCUACUCCCGAGCCUGUGGCUGAACCUGCUGCUGAGCCUGUUGUGGAACCCCCGGCUGAGCCUGAACCUGCUGCUGCCCCAGUGGAAGAGACACCAGCAGAAGCCUUAGCAGAGCCGGAAGUUGUGUCUGUUGAGGCACCAAGGGAGAUUCCAGAUGAAGCGCCUGCUAAUGAGCCAGUGCCAGAGGAGCCAGCCCCUGAGCCAGAAGCUGCUAGAGACCUCCCCGCCGAAGACCCACCAGCAGAACCAGAAGUCGCCCCCGAGCCAGUCCCAGUCCCCGCUAGCGACGAAGUGGCGCCUGACGAGCUCGUACCAUCCCCAGCAGACGCCCCGCGUGAGGUGGAGAUGAUCGACGCCGAGCCUCUCGAUGAAAGCGCAGAAGCCGCAGCAGCCCGCCACAGCUCCCGACGCCGCAGAAAGCGCACUUCGCCGAUAGAGGGAGAGCGAGAGCGUCGGGUCGAUGGAGAGCGUCGGCAGUCCAAGACCUCUUCCGAAGGCCGCCGGGAUCAACUCGAGCGCCAGAAGAGCGACCGAGGCAUCUUCACCAACCGAUGGGCGAAGGCACUGGAAGAAGCCCGACGCCAGCAUGACGAGAAAUCCCAAAUACAACGAAAGCAGCGUGCUCUCGCCGAGGAGCGAGAGCGCAGCGGUAUUCCUGCCCCUGAAAAGCUGAAACGUACGAAGAGCUUGUCCAAGGAGAAGGAGAGGGAGAGGCCAAGGGAACUAGAAAUGGAGCCCGAAGUGAUCGAAUCCAGAUCCAAACGCCACACCUCCGACAAUCCCUCGAGCCAACCCCUCGAACGAGCCCGCUCAACCCGGACCUCCUCAUCAAAGCAGGUAUCAACAUCGGUGCCGACGCCCAAGCCUCGUGCUUUCCUGCGAUACAUGACAGAAGGCAAAUCGGAUACCAAUGGGCCUUUGCUGCGUCUGAAUGCCACCAAGGCUGCACCGCCCGUUGAAACGCCGCGCCGGUCAUCGGCAAGUCAUAGCAGUGGCAGCCGUCACGAGCACGAAGACCGACAGUCUAGUGGUCGAUCUAGUGGUCGAUCUAGUGGAUCACGGUCGCGGCGCGAAGAGGAGGCUCCUCGCAGCGAGCGUGUUGAGCGCACUGAGAGUAGAAGAUUGCGACGCUCAUCGACAGCUGAACAUGGUCGAUCUAGGGAGGAGAGGAAGGAGAGAGAUAGGGGCAAGGAUCGAGAUCGGGAGAGAGAGAAGGAGAAGGAGCGUGAGCGUGAGAACGAACGCGAACGCGAAAGGGAACGCCAACGGGGACUAGAAGGGGAGAGGGAGAGGGAGAAAAAGCCUGAGGGCUCCUCCAGGCGUUCCAGGGAGUCAAGAGAUGUGCGCUCUCAUCGUCGACACAGGCGCGAGGAAUCGCCUCCUCGAGAGCAGUCGAAGCUGAAGGGUCUCUGGAGAGCGAUUGCUGCCCAUUGA